AUGGCGUCCCAGCCAGACCGACAUACGCAGCGGUACGAUCGCCAGCUUCGUGUGUGGAACAAGGCCGGUCAGGAGGCACUGGAACAUGCGCAUGUGCUUGUUGUAGGUGCAUCAGCCCUUACAAGUCACAUCCUGAAAAACUUGGUCCUGCCUGGCCUUGGCACUUGCACGAUCUGGGAUGAUGCCGUUGUGACGCCUGACGACGCUCACUCAAAUUUCUUUUUAGAGCCAUCGAGUAUUGGAAAACCAUAUGCCAGCGAGCUUGCACGGCUACUAGGUGAGCUUAACCCUGCCACACGAAUGUUAUCGUGCAUCGAGGCCCCGACCUCGCUUCUUUCGCGCGACAAAUCGUUCCUAGCCUCGCUCUCAUUGCUCGUGUGCGUCCGCCAGCCACGCGCUAUGGCCGAAAAUCUGGCAGAUAUCGCAUGGAAUGUAUCACCCUCGAUCCCUGUACUCGCUACAUGGACCUCAGGGUUUCAGGGUUUAGUCUGUGUGUCUCUCGGCGAGCUGGGCAUUGUGGAAACGCACCCUGAAUCGCUCAUGGACUUGCGCCUUACACGUCCAUUUCCUGCGCUGGAAGCCUACGCAAGCGACUAUACGGCCGAUACACACGAUACCCUGGCGCAGAGUCAUAUUCCCUAUGUGGUUCUGCUCCUGCAAGCGCUGGCGGCGUGGAAAAAGGACCAUGCCGGCGCGUAUCCUACUAGUUCGGAACGCCGUGCAUUCAUCUCGCACGUGGAGGCCUUCCGUACGCCUGGCGCAGAUACAGAAAAUGUCGACGAAGCGUUGGCGGCGUUGGCUCAGCAUGUCUGGCGCCCUAUCCAGUCGUCCGCGGUCCCGGCCGAUGUCACAGCAUUGAUGGACGAUUGGCGCUGUCGUCAGCUAUCGCCUACCACGUCGCCUUUUUGGCUCCUGGUGGCGGCGUUGCAGGCCUUUGUGGCACAGGAAGGGGUGCUGCCAUUGCCAGGUACACUUCCAGAUAUGAAGGCCACAUCGUCAGACUAUGUAUCCCUGCAAGCUGUGUAUGCGACCAAGGCGCGUGAAGAUGUCGCCCUCUUUGAGUCACUGCUGGACCAUGUGCUCACACGUGCUCAGACCACAAGAGAGGAGGCUGGCCUAGAUGCACACACUGUCAAGACAUUUGUGAAGCAUGCUGCUGUACUGCAGCUCAUUCGUGGACGUCGACUGCGUCUUCAACGGACGGAGCCGAACAUUGGCGCCUUAACAGCGGCGUUUGCCGAUCCCGUGAACCCUGUUACAGCACAAUACUACGUAGCCUUCCUGGCUGCCGACGACUUUUAUAUGGCCAUGCAACGGUACCCGGGCCAAGCGCCCGGUACGGUCGAGACGGACGCAGCUACCUUGCUGUCGUACGCCAAAACGUACGCGUCUCGCCUUGAUCUCGCCUUGUCUGACGCAGAUUGGGAUCGUGUGCAAGUGGCGACGCAGGAAAUCGCACGUGGCGCAUGGUCCGAUACGCCGUCCACUGCCGCCUUGGUGGGCGGCUUGGUGGCGCAAGAGGUAAUCAAAAUCCUCACUGUACAAUAUCUCCCCCUGGACAAUACAUGUGUGUACGAUGGCGUGUCGGCAGCGCUAGGCUCGUUCCGCCUAUAG